AUGGACCCCGUCAUUAUAACGCCGGACGAUGUAGCUGAGGCGGUCCGAAGGGCCCCGAACUGGAAAAGUCCGAGGCUCGACGGGCUGCAUCACUACUGGCUGAAGGGGUUCGUGGUGUGUCACGCUGUGCUCGCCCGACAAUUUCAAGAGGCUCUCGACCAAAAGUCGCUCCCGAGCCUCUUCACUACUGGGAUCACUCAUUUGGUUCCUAAAGACCGGGAUACCAUAGACCCGAGCAAAUACCGCCCCAUCACGUGUCUACCCACGAUAUAUAAGACAUUAACAUCCAUUUUGAGCGCGAGAAUCACUCGUCACCUGAACUCAAAUCAGGUGAUGUCGCGCGCUCAAAAUGGAUGUCGGGGCGGUGGUCGUGGAACCAAGGAACCACUCCUCAUUGACGCGGUCAUUGGCAAAGUGGUUAAACGCAACCGUCGGAACCUAUCCGCCGCCUGGAUAGACUACAAAAAGGCAUUCGACUCGGUGCCUCAUACAUGGCUGAAGAGGGUCCUCGAGCUGUACAAGGUUGACUGUACAGUUAGAGACUUCCUCGGGCAGUGUAUGGGGCAGUGGAGUACGAUCCUUUGUCAUCUAGGAGCGGAUGACGGCUGCGGAGAACCACAUAAGGAUAAGAAGGGGUAUCUUCCAGGGCGAUUGUCUGAGUCCAAUCUGGUUCUGCCUCUCUCUGAACCCUCUCAGUACCUUACUGGAGGGCUCCGGGAGGGGAUUUCAGCUUCGGAGAAGAAGUACAAAAGUGACGCACCUUUUCUAUAUGGAUGA